AUGAAACAACUAAUUGGAAUAUUUUUUAUUGCAAUUGCAACUAUUCCAAAUAUAUAUUUCUGUAAGCCAAUUGAACCGGAACCAACAAUCAGUAACGCCACUUUAUCAAUCAAUAAAACAUCCCAGAAGAAUGAAAAACCAUUAUUGGAUAAAAUUCUUGAAGAAUUGAAAAUUAAAAAAGAAGGUCGAGAAAAAGGUAUUGAAAUGUAUCUUGCAAAUAGCAAAGCACUCCUGAAUACCGGAUUGCUUAUUGAUGAUACAAUUGAUGUCAUACGUGAAGGUAAAGAACCAUUCCUGAAAUUAUUCUCAUUACCAUUAUCUGUUAUAUUUCAUUUAUUAGGUUUUGAUGAAGUUGGUGAUGUAUUCGGAAAAUUUGGCUUAUCAUUUCUUUUGGAUCUUAUCACCAGUGAUAAAUGA